AGUCAGUACCUCAGGAGGCAGGACCAGGCACUGUAUAAAAGUCCCUACUUUGCUGGGCCCUGCAAACCACGUCCUUGUUUGAGUCUUGUUGAAGACAGGUUUUGUUACCUAUCCUAGGAUGUCCUUUAAUGAGCAGCAGUGUAAGCAGCCAUGUGUGCCUCCUCCAUGUCUUCAAAAGACCCAAGAGCAGUGCCAGGCAAAGGCUGAGGAAGUGUGCCUCCCCCCAUGCCAGGACUCCUGCCAGGAGAGUUGCCCAGUACAAAUUCAGGAGGUAUGUCUUCCUCAGUGCCAGGAGUUAAACCAAGAGAGUUGCCUACAGCAAAGCCAAGACCAAUGCCCACCUCAGUGUGUGGAGCCAUGCCAGGAGUUUUCUCAGACAAAAUGUGUGGAAGUUUGUCCACAGAAAGUCCAGGAGAAGUGCUUACACCCCGGCAAGGAAAAGUAGCAUCUCAUAAUGCCAUCUGGGGUCAAGAAGAAGAUGGCCAACAGAUGAAAACCUAACCCAAGCCCGUGCUAUGAUAACCUUCACCUAUGGGUAACUCUGUGUGCACCUGCUCUUACCUCCUGGCUUCUUCAGCAUUCCAGGACUGGGUCUGUUGUCUCUGAAGACAUUUCUCUCUGUAUUUCAUCAAUCUCUGUGAAUAAGUACUGUUUUCAGCAGUCUAGCCGAAGGUUUCAACUAGAGGAAUAGUGCAGUUGUUCAGCUCCCCAUGAGACAUGAAAUCAUCCAGCCCUGAGUGUGUAACAGCCAAGGAUGCUUUCAUUCAUCAUUCAGAGCUUCAGCCUCUCACUUAAGCCUCAAAACAAGCUGACUUUUAAUGGACUUUGCACUGAUCACCACCACACCACUAUGGAUACUGAGAAGAGGUUGGUGGUGUUACAGAAAUUAAAAAUCAGGUCACUUUGUCUACAUAUCCUAAAAAGGAACAGCAAAUUCUUGGACAUUGGAAUGUUAGUUAUGCUUUUAAAAAUGAAACAAAAGUGUAUAAAUUAUUUAAUACAAACAGUCAAUAAGGAAAGAGGAGAUGGGAUUCUUAGGGUCCUGUUUGAUCUUUGUGUUUGAUGGCUGGUCUGCUUUGGGCCCUGUAAUUUCACAUACAUUCUUUAGAGAUGUGAUUUGUGUCUGUGUGGUG